AUGACUGAGUUUGUGCAUGAUUACUAUUGCCGUCGCUUGGGUUUCGUUGCUGGUUUGUCUAAUUGUGCGGGGAAGAUCUGGAUUUUUUGGGAUCACAAUUUUCGAGUCGAGUUGCUUAGGGAUGAGGUACAAUUAUUGCAUGUCAGAUGCAUAUCUGGUUUAUUUGGUGCUCCUUUUGUAUUUACUGCGGUCUAUGCUAGAUGCUCUCGUUCCGAGCGCCGUGUUUUGUGGAAUUCGUUCCGCGACAUUUUUGAGACGAUUGGUGACACUCCUUGGAUUUCUGGGGGUGACUUCAACUCAAUCUUACUUGAGUCAGAACGGAAUAGAUCGGUUUCGGAUAGAAGACUAGAUAUGGCUGAGUUUGGUGCUAUGGUUUCGGAUUGUGAACUUUCGGAUGCCGGGUUCUCUGGGGCUAGUUCUUGCUAUACUUGGGAGAGCCCUUCAGGUCUUUUGGAGCGUUUGGACAGGAUUCUAUAUAACUCUGCUUGGCUAGAUUUAUUGCCUAUUACGCAGGUUACCCACCUCUCACGGACCUGGUCGGAUCAUGCUCCUCUUUUGGUUUCAUCGGCUGCUUCUUCGUCUAGGCCUCCUGCUUCAUUCCGGUUUCAGCAUAUGUGGAUCCGCCACGCUACGUUUCGUCAGAUUGUGGAACAGGUUUGGGAUUUUCCGUGUGCUCAGACGGGGAUGCAUCGAUUACAUACGAAGUUGAGACGAUUGAAACAGAAGCUUCAGUGGUGGAAUUGGAAUGUUUUCGGGGACGUGUUCAAGAAUAAAGAGAGGGCCGAGGCAGCUGUUCUAGAGGCCGAGCACAUAUAUGACUUGGAUCGAUCCCCCGAGAAUCGUGCAAAUUUGAAAAAGGCCACUGCUGAACUUACUCUCAUGCUCAAUAUUGAGGAGGACUUUUGGAAGCAGAAGGCAGCUUGUAGAUGGGCGACUGAUGGAGAGAGAAACUCUAAGUUUUUCCACUCGUUAGUCAAGAAAAAGCGAUGUGUCAAUCGAAUCCACUCUAUCUCUCAUGGUGAUUUGGUUCUCACAUCAGCUCAGGAGAUCAAGGAUUCGGGCGUUGAUUUCUUUAGCAAGCUUCUUACCGAUGAUCUGCCUAGUUUGCUUCCGUGUGAUGUUUGUGAAGCGGUUUGGGAUUUCUUCGAGGGUGGAUCUAUGCCUGCGAGCUUCACCGCUACCACCUUGGUUCUUAUUCCAAAGGUGGACUUUCCGACGGCUUGGACAGAUUUCCGCCCGAUUAGCUUGUGCAACGUGACCAAUAAAAUUAUCACCAAGGUACUUACGAACAGACUGGCACCUCACUUGCCCCACAUUAUUUCUCCUUCUCAGAGUGGGUUUGUUCAGGGUCGCCUCAUUAGUGAUAAUAUUUUAUUAGCACAAGAGAUGGUCCACUCGAUAUCAGUUCGUUGUCGAAAUCCGAAUCUUAUUUUGAAGCUGGAUAUGGCAAAGGCUUAUGAUAGGGUUCAGUGGCGGUUCUUAUUUCGUGUACUCGAGCUGAUGGGUUUCUCGGCGAACUUGGUUGAUAUUAUUCGGCGAUGUGUUUCGUCGUGCCAGUUCUCUUUACUAAUCAACGGGGAGCUGACGGGGUAUUUCACUUCGUCUCGUGGUCUAAGGCAGGGAGAUCCGCUCUCGCCGACUCUUUUUGUACUUGCGGCUGAGUAUUUUUCGAGAGGUCUCGAUGCACUAUACAGCCGUUGCCCAAGCAUGUUUUAUUCUACAAGGGGAGGCAUUCCUAUAUCCCAUUUGGCCUAUGCGGAUGAUGUCAUGAUAUUUACCUCGUGCCAUAAUUUUGGACUGAAGAAGCUGCGGGAUUUUCUCGAUCAUUACUGUCGGACUUCGGGUCAGUUGAUUAGUGUGCACAAGAGCACUUUCACAGUUGAUAGGGCAUGUUCUGAUGGUCAUCUUCGCACUAUUUCUCGGAUUCUCAGUUAUCCGAGAAAGGAUCUUCCUAUCAUUUAUCUUGGAGCACCACUAUACAAAGGGAGGGACCGGGGCAGUUUGUUUCACACUUUGCUUGAUCGCAUGCAAGCCAGGAUUUUGGGAUGGGCUCGGACCGCUUUGGCUUUCGGGGGCCGUCUUGCCUUGAUCCGGAGUACGCUUUCGACUAUGGCUUUGCAUCUUGUUCAGGUUAUUCAACCUCCGCAGUACAUUAUUCAGCAGAUUGAGCAGUGCAUGGCCCGAUUUCUCUGGGGAUCUUAUGGUAAUCAGCGCCGGCCUCAUUGGGUUGCUUGGGAGACGAUUUGUCGGCCAGUUGGUGAGGGUGUCUUGGGGUUGAGGCGUUUGACGGAUGUGAUUGACGCCUUCACUUACAAGCUCUGGUUCCGAUUCCGUGCCCAGGAUUCUCUUUGGGCCCGUUUUCUCCGAAACAAGUAUUGUCGGAAUCGGUUGCCAGGUUCAUCCGUUGUGUCUUCACUCUAUAGCACGGUGUGGAAGCGCAUGUGUCGUGUCCGAGAGCGUGUUCAAGCUCAAAUAUUUUGGCGGAUUGGUCCAGGUCAUGUUUAUUUCUGGCACGACCACUGGUUUGGCGAUGGUCCCCUUUCGGGCAUUAUUGAUGGUGGUCGGCUAACGUCAGUUCGUGUGGAGUAUUAUUUGGUUAACGGUCAGUGGGAUCGAAACAAGCUAGCUGAGGAUAUUCCUUUUGAGUGGAUCGAUAGGAUUUGCUCGGUUCCAAUCUCUGGUGCUUCGGGUGAUUUGCCCAUUUGGAGAGCUUCUUCGGAUGGCAAGUUUUCCUUGACCUCGGCUUGGACCUUGAUACGACAGCAGCAUACCCCUACCCCUCUUCUUCGUAUAUUUUGGGGAUCUUGUCUUACUCCUACAAUUUCUAUCUUUCUUUGGCGUCUCCUUCUUCAGCGUCUUCCAGUGGAUACCAAACUUCAGUCUCGAGGCACCUCUCUUGCCUCGAGGUGCUAUUGUUGUCCAGAUCCAUCUAUUCCUGUGUCGAGUCUUGUAUCUCAGUCUGUCGAGUCUCCUUCUGUUGAGUCGAUUGAUCAUAUCUUCGUGGAGAGCCCGACGGCUAAGAGGGUAUGGCAUCAUUUUUUCUAUCUUUUUGGCUAUACACCUGCACACACUACGCACAUACCCCAGAUUUUACUUUAUUGGCAGCACUUCACUUCGCACACACUCACACACCACACACACAUCACGACCAUUGUGCCUUGCUUGAUCUUGUGGUACUUAUGGAUUGCAAGAAAUGACAGCAAGCACAAGGAUAUCACGGUUCGCGCUUCUUCCAUCAUUUACAGGGUCAUCCAGCACAUCAGGAUUCUUCACCAAACCAACUUACUUUCGGCGGACAGCUGGACUGGCAUUCCCCACGUGGCUGAGUCUCUUGGCCUAUAUUACCGAGUCAGAACACCAACUCUCACACCUCAUCGAGUUGUUUGGCUUCCACCGGAUCCGGGUUGGGUGAAGCUAAACACAGACGGAGCACGUAGAGCAUCCACCCAGAUUGCAGCUAUUGGCGGGAUUAUCAGAGGUUCGGACGCUGAGGCCAUAGUUGCAUUUCACGAGAGGAUCUCUGCCCCGAGCAGUAUUGCGGCCGAGCUUGCUGCCCUUGCAUCGGGGCUGCGAUUUGUUAUUCAGAGGCAAUUCACUAGAGUUUGGAUCGAGCUUGACGCAGAAGUCGCUGUUCGACUUCUUUCGCACACGGACCAAGGUCAUUGGAGUCUUCAGAGUUCUCUCACGGCGAUCCGGAACUCUCUUUCUACUUUGGAGUACAGGAUUACACAUAUCUACCGGGAGGGCAAUAAAGUAGCUGAUGCAUUAGCUAACUUGGGGUGUCAGACCGAGUUGGCUCGUACCUUCACAACAGCGGAACUUCCCCGACCUAUUCAGCAGAUGAUUCGGAUGGACCAGCUUGGAUAUCCAUCCUUUCGACGACAGUCUCGCACAUAG